UCAACAACCGGAAGUUUAGUUUGACCACGAUCAGCGUGCAAGAGUGACGCCGGUAAGCUGAGCAGGCACUUUGGAGCAGAGGAGCAGAUAAAAGAGGAAAACCACGCCAGGAAAGUUUCAUAUAGCUAGAGACAGCAGAAUGGAGGUAUCAAGAAGAAGGGUCCUACUGAGGCACCUGGAGCCGGCGAGGCCCCUCCGUCGCUGUGUCCACGCCGAUGUUGAGUCUCCAAUAAGUGCUGCAGCAGGUGAUCAGCAUCCGGUGGAGCAGGAGACUACUGUUGGUAUAGAGCAGGUCUUCAAGAUUUUCAACCUCCAUAAACAGAAAAAAGUAGAAAGAAUAUCUUACACGAGGGAAGUUUUAAUUGGUUUGGCCAGCUGCCCUGAAGCGAAAAAGAGGCCAGAAUACCUACCCGACCACCCCAUUGUGUUGCCUGAGGCAAGGGAUCCGGGACAAGAGCUGAGAGUAGCCCUGUGGAAUGGUGUAAAAGAAGACGUAUGAGUAAGUGCCGUUGUUUGGGCUUCAUCAUGGCAGUUGUCGUCCGUUUACAGGGGCCGAGUGUCACGGCAGGUUCUGGGGAUAUUUACAGGUUCUUCACGGGCCUCCAAAUUCCAGAAGAAGUUCUCCAUAUGAUUUGUGUGGAGGUAGAUGAAGCUUUCGGUAUCUUCGCUUCAGAUGAAGAUCCAAGAAGAGCCAUUGGAUGGUGAGGGGGGGUCCAUUAAUGGAUCUACCUUUAAGAUUGCUUCUUCGGGUUCAGUGGAAACCUUUUCCAGGGCAACCUUGAAAAGAUUUUAAAUCCGUGAGCUUUUUUUUUUUUUUUCUUGUAAAUUGAGUCCAAAUUUGUAA